ACGAAUUGUUUCCGCUUCCGGGUUCUUCGUCUUCGCCACAGAGCUGUGGGAGGAAAGAUGGCUGAGGCAGAGCCCGAUAGGAGAGCCCUACUCUCCGAUUUAUGUUCGGAAUUCUUGAAUUUCUCCGCCAGAGACACCGCAUCGCGGUGGCUGGCAGAGGCAAAUCUUCAGGUGGAAAUCUAUCGUCACUUGGCAGAAAACGUACCAAGGAUCCUUUGCUUGGGGCCGAGCGGCUGCAGUAGUAAGGAGGAGCAGAGAGAAGAGCAGAGGGAAGAACUGGCAUGUCAGCUGCUCCUCUUGGCUCCUUUGGAAUGGCUGCUGCUGGGCGAGGAUCCGGCCGCAGGCCUCCCUCAGCUACAGGAGAACAAUCAGCCAUCACCGCUGUGCGGACACGUGUUCAAGGUCGGAGAGCCCACCUAUUCCUGCAGGGACUGUGCAGCUGACCCCACCUGCGUUCUGUGCAUGCAGUGUUUCUUGGGCAGUGUUCAUAAAGAUCAUCGAUACAGAAUGACCACGUCCGGUGGCGGGGGGUUCUGCGACUGCGGAGACGCUGAAGCUUGGAAGAAGGGCCCUUACUGCCAGAAACAUACACCGACCACCAACAAAGACUCAGAGGAGGACCCUGCAGCCCUGCUACCGGCUGACAUGGUUGUCCGCAGUUACAACAUUUUUUCCAUCAUCCUGAAGUAUGCCGUGGACAUGCUUACUUGGACACAGGAGGAUCAGCUGCCCACAGGCCUUGAACCACCUGAAAAAGGAGACAACUACUACUGCAUGCUAUUCAAUGACGAAGUCCACACCUAUGAACAGGUGAUCUACACCCUGCAGAAGGCUGUCAACUGCAGCCAGAAAGAAGCCGUCAGCUUCGCCACCACCGUGGACAGAGAUGGCAGGAAGUCUGUUCGAUAUGGAGACUUUCAGUUUUGUGAACAAGCCAAGACUGUUAUAGUGAGGAACACCAGCCGCCAGUCGAAGCCUCUCAGAGUUGAGGUGAUGCACUCAUCGGUUGUUGCGCAUCAGUGUUUUGCUCUGAAAGCUCUGAGUUGGUUGGGACAAAUCAUUCAAUACUCCGAUGGCUUGAGGAGAAUACUGUGUCAGGUGGGACUUGAGGAAGGCCCAGAAGGCGUAAACUCAUCACUUGUUGACCGUUUAAUGCUCAACGACUCAAAGAUGUGGAAAGGAGCAAGGAACAUCUACCACCAGCUGCUGAUGAACAGUCUCCUCAUGGAUUUCAAGUACAAGAAGGUCUUUGCUAUCCAGUUUGCCAAGAACUACAGACGUCUUCAGACAGAUUUCAUGGAAGAUGACCAUGAGAGGGUGGUGUCAGUGACCUCACUGUCAGUACAGCUGUUCACCGUGCCAACCAUGGCCCGGAUGCUGAUGGUGAAAGAGAACCUGAUGACUACCAUCAUCAGGACGUUUGUCGAUCAUCUCCGUCACCGAGAUCUGCAGGGGCGCUUUCAGUUUGAUCGCUACACCGCCCAGCAGGCCUUCAAAUUUGGACGAGUCCAGAGCCUGAUUGGCGACCUCAAGUAUGUCUUAAUCAGCCGACCCUCCGAAUGGAGUGUUGAGCUCAGAGAGAAGUUUCUAGAAGGACUGGAUGCUUUCCUGGAGCUCCUUAAGUGCAUGCAGGGCAUGGACCCGGUGGUUCGGCAAGUGGGGCAACACAUCGAGAUGGAACCCGAGUGGGAGGCGGCGUUCACCCUCCAGAUGAAAUUAACGCAUAUCAUAUCCAUGAUCCAGGAGUGGUGUUCCACUGAUGAGCGUGUGCUGAUCGAGGCCUACAGGAAGUGUUUGAGUGCAGUCAGUCAGUGUCACAGCGGCCUUCCGGAUGGUGAACAGCCAAUCAGCUUGAGUCUAGCCGGCCACUGCGUGGAUACGUUUAUGUACCAGGUCUCUCAGGACAAAGUGUCCAUCCACCUGCCUGUCUGCAGACUACUUGCCGGUCUCCAUGUUCUCCUCAGCAGGACGGACGUCGCCGCUCGGCUCCCCGAACAACUCCCGUUGGGUGAGCUCAGCCCCCCGCUUUUGAUUGAACUCCCCCUGCGAUGCUUGGUGCUCUGUGCUCAAGUGCUGGCUGGGAUGUGGAGAAGGAACGGCUUCUCCCUAAUAAACCAGAUUUAUUAUUACCACAAUGUGAAAUGCCGAGUGGAGAUGUUCGACAAAGACGUAAUUAUGCUGCAGGCCGGCGCCUCUAUGAUGGAUCCAAACCACUUCCUGAUGAUCGUUCUGAAUCGUUUUGAGCUUUUCCACAUUUUUAGGUUCGCAGACUGCCGAAAGAGAUACAGACCGACCAAUAAGGAUUUGAUACAGCAGAACAAUACCUUGAUUGAAGAGAUGCUGCACUUAAUCAUCACUGUGAUCGGUGAACGUUACGUGGCAGGUGUUGGCCAGGUGGAGCCCUUCGACGAGGUCCGAAGGGAGAUCAUCCACCAGUUGUCAAUCAGACCUAUGGCUCAUAGUGAGCUCGUGAAGGCUCUGCCAGAGAAUGGAAACAAGGAGACUGGCUUAGAGCGCGUGAUAGACAGUGUUGCUUCGUUCAAGAAGCCAGGUGUGACAGGCCGUGGUCUUUACGAACUGCGUCCCGAAUGGAGCAAGCACUUCAACCUUUACUUCUAUCACUACAGCAGAGCCGACCAGUCGAAGGCAGAAGAGACUCAGAGGAAGCUGAGAAGACAAAGUGGAGAGGACCCAGCCCUUGCCCCGCCAGUCCCCCCCUCCCUAUGCCCCCUGUUUGCUAGCCUGGUGAACCUCCUGCAGUGCGACGUGCUGCUGGCUGUGGAGGGUGCUGUGCUGCAGUGGGCGAUGGAGCCGCGGGGAGGAGGCUGGACCGAGUCCAUGCUGCAGAGGGUGCUCCAUUUGGUGGGCAUGGCUCUGCUGGAGGAGCAGCAACAGCUGGAAAACGGCAAUGGCGAGGAUGACAUCACCUUCCUCUAUACCGCCAAAAUCACACGUCCGGGCGAUGCUCCGAGUACUUCAGGAAGUGUACUUGCUUUGCUAGAGAGUCUCCAGAAUGCUCCUCACCUUGAGAUCCACAAAGACAUGAUCACCUGGAUCCUAAAGAUGGUGGCAAACAUCAAAACCAUUCGAGAACGUUCCUCCUCUGCCUCCGCUGUUACCAUCAGCCCAGGACAUGGACCCGAAGAGACGAUACGGGACAAAGACAAGGCAGAGAGGAAGAGGAAGGCUGAGAUGGCUCGGCUACGGAGGGAGAAGAUCAUGGCCCAGAUGUCCGAGAUGCAGAAACAUUUCAUCAAUGAGAACAAAGAACUUUUCCAGCAAAGUCUAGAAGAGCUCGAAGCGUCUACGUCUGCUGACGCAGAGCAUAGUCCCUCCAGUUCGGAGCCAUCCUCUGUCUCUUGGGUCUGCGUUGGCCCCACAAGGGUCGCGAGAGGAGCCGAGCGGCGUCAGCUUGUCACUUGCAUCCUGUGUCAGGAGGAGCAGGAGGUCAAAUGUCACGGCAGCGCAAUGGUAUUGGCCGCUUUUGUCCAGAGAUCAACCGUUUUGUCCAAAAAACGCUGCCGUGCUUUGCCCAAUGCAGAACGACAUGACCCUUUGUUCAUUCAUCCUGACCUUUCAAUGGGCAUUCACACAACAAGCUGUGGACACAUCAUGCACGCCACCUGCUGGCAGAGGUACUUUGAGGCGGUGCAGUUGAAGGAGCAGAGGCGGCAGCAGCGCUUGCGAGGCCACACCAGCUACGACGUGGAGAACGGAGAGUUUCUUUGUCCUCUGUGCGAGUGUCUCAGCAACACUGUCAUCCCUCUGCUGCCGCAUGCACUCGCGCCUGAUCGAAGUGUUGAUCACCCCAGUCUGGCCGUUUGGCUGAAGACAACCAAUGAGGAGAUUGCAGCGCUGCACUAUGCGAACAGAAAGUCAUCAAGCGAUGCAACAGAAGAAGUGGAACCUCCAAUUCCCGAAGGAUUCCGACUCGAUUUCACUCCGCUGAACCCCUUUUCGAACAGCAUCAAUGAGAUGAUAACCACGUUCAGUAUGUCAACCUACAAGGUGGGACUCAAAGCCAAUCCGAAUGAGCAGGACCACAGAGUCCCUGUGCUGAGUUGGUCCACUUGCGCCUACACAAUCCAAGCAAUAGAGCGGCUUCUGAUGGAUGAGGAGAAGCCUUUAUUUGGAAGUUUACCCUGCAGACAGGACGACUGUUUGAGCUCCAUCGCCAGGUUCAGUUCGGCUUGCUGGACAUCGGCUUCGUUGCAUGCGGUGCACGCGCACUUCAUCAGAUUGUUUGCAGUUCUGGUUGCAGACCCUCAGGUCGACAACACUCCAAGCAUCCUGGAUAUUGACAUGUUCCACCUUUUGGUUUACAGCGUAUUGGCCUACACGUCCGUUCACAGUCUGGACCAGUCAGGACGGCAUGCGGUCGACUCGGCUCACGUUCACCUCCUUCACCUCAUCACUGUGGCUCAUCUGGUUCAGGUCCUGCUUACGUCAAACAUGGAGGAGUUGUGUAUGGAGCAGGACAGCAAGGGGUCACAGGAGGAGGAGCUCACGUGUCAGCUGUAUAACACGCUGAGGAAACACCUGGGCAGCGUUUUACCUGAAGUGGCACCCUGGCAGCUGUGGCGUUGCGUGAAAGCUGGCGUCUCGCCGUUCCUGCGAUGUGCCGCUCUCUUCUUUCACUACCUAAACUCGACAGCGCCACCAACCGACCUGCUGGGUACAGGACCUGGGCAAUGGGAGGCGCUGUGUAGCUACCUCAGCCUGCCCUCGAACCCGCUGCUACUCUACCAGAACCAACAAACACUGCUCGAGCCACUCAUACACAGUUGGUGUUGUCACUCAUCCGUCAGACCGACAUUGCAAAAAGGCGGAGUCAACAGGUUCCCGCGAGAGUCAAACCGUCUGAUCGACCUGCCUGAAGAUUACAGCGUCCUUAUUAACCAGGCAUCCAGCUUCACGUGCCCUCGGUCAGGAGGAGACAAGUCGCGCGCGCCCACUCUGUGUCUGGUGUGCGGCGCCAUGCUGUGCUCGCAGAGUUACUGCUGUCAAACCGAAGUGGACGGCGAGGAUGUCGGCGCCUGCACCGCCCACACCUUCACCUGUGGCGCAGGUCUCGGCCUCUUCCUCAGGGUUCGGGAGAGUCAGGUGUUGUUCGUGGCGGGUAAAACAAAGGGCUGCUUCUAUCCUCCCCCGUACCUGGAUGACUACGGCGAGACAGAUCAGGGCCUCAAGCGUGGGAACCCGCUCCAUCUCUGCCUGGAGCGUUACAGGAAGAUCCAACGUCUGUGGCGUCAACAUGGUAUCGCCGAGGUCAUAGGUCACGCUCAAGAGGCCAAUCAGACACUGGUGGCUAUCGAUUGGCAACACCUGUGAUGUCGAGUCGAGGCCGCGUGAUUGGAAAGCAGAACUGGCUGCUUCACUUUUUUUUUUGGAUCCUCCUGCUUCAGGUCCCUUCAGCUUGCUGCCAAUCAGUGAUCAUCUCAGAUCAGCUUUCAGGGAUUUGUUUUUGUCUGCAGCAAAAAAAAAAAAAAGCAUUUUCAAAUACAUCGGCCUAUGAUGGUUAUUGGUCUGCAUCUGUUUUGAUCCGAAAUUGAUCAAUAGGGGAUAACGUCUGCAUUUUGAAAGCAUUCAACUCUCAAACUGAGAAUGUGAACAAACAAGUAGCAGAACAUUUUUUGCUUUUAUCAGACUGGGGCUUUGUAUCACUUUUGCAUCAUAUCAAGUGACAUAUCAGGGCUUUUUUUCUCAUCAGCUGAUACAUUUUUUAUGAUCUGACUUUUUGUUUUGUUUUUUGCAUCUGGCGUUUGCUUUCUGAGAGAACCGUAUGGCGUGAAUGCUUCCUUUUCCUUGGGACUUUUGAGAUUUUUUUUUUAAAGUGAAAAACAGUGUUUGAUUUAUUAUAUUCUGUCAUUUAUCUUCUCAAAAUGCAGAUUUUCUGAUGGAUUUUCUUUUGCUAGUUUCCUCGCAUCUGGACAGCAUGUUGCCAAGUCGCUGUGGCUUCAUUGAUCAAAUCUGAAUUGUGAAUAUGUCAAUUCUUGUAUAAAUUAGUAUAUUAUGUACAAAAUUGUAUAAGAAUAGCAAUUAAAAAAAAAAGAACAUGACAGCAGCCAUGUUGUGUGGGUUUUGUAUCAUCAAGCCAAUUUUAGUAUAACACAAAGAAACCGCAAGUGUUUAAAACAAAA